UCGACAACAGAUGAAAGCGUUCUUAUAUAUAAAAUCUAAGUGAGAAAAACGUUUGUGACACUGCGGACGGAGCUUUAGCAGCAAAUACAAGGAUGAGGCUCCUAUUGAUAUUAACGUGUGCACUUGUCACAACACAAGCCCGCAAUGUCGAUGAAACUAAAAACGAAGCCUUGGCACAACUUAAAACGGAAAAAACUGCUCCCGCAGGCGUAGACCUAUCUGCGGCUGGCAGUGAGCCGGCGGAUCAGGCGCUAGCAGGCACAGAACAAAAAAAAUCUAAGGAUAGCCAUCAAGAGCAGGGUGGAGGCCACGAGCACCACGCGAAGCACCAUGAAGAUCAUGGCGAAAAGGGAGACAAGGGAUACAAAUCUCAUCACCACCACGACAAAGGCGAGCACGGCCAGCACGAAAAACAUCAUCACGAAGGGCACCAUGACGAACACGGCGGGCACAAGAAGAAGCAUCACGAUGAACACGAUCACCACGGUGAACACCACGAAGCCGCGCACGGCCAUAAAGGGGGCAAAUUUGGACACAAAAAAGGACACAAAAAGGGAUCCAAAACAACUGGCUUCCAUCACAAAUCGCAUAAAGAUGAAUACCACAAGGAACACAAGUUCUACGAUGACUUCCAUAAAGGCGGUCACCAUCACAAGCAUGGCGAUUUCCACGGCCACCACGACAAAAAAGGAGGACAUCACAAAAAGGGUGGUCACCACGAAAAGGGACACCACGAGAAGCAUCACGGGAAGAAGGGCCAUCAUGACAAGGGUCAUUACGACGAAGACCAUAAGGGCCACAAAGGACAUCACGGUCAUGAAGAACAUCACGCCCACCACCACGACCAUGGAAAGAAAGGCGGUCAUGCAGGUGGCAAGGAAUUCGGUUACAGUCAUGGAAAAAAGGCUUAAUAAGCAUGACACCUUAUUGUUAUGUUGUUAUUUGUUACUUAUGAUUUUAAGCGACAAUGUUUACGUGUCGUCACGUAAACAUUAGGAAUAUGUUGUCCCAUGUAUGUUUAAUCAUUCUCUUAUAGGUACAAGUACUUAUUAGUUGUCAUAUAAAA